CCCGCUUGUUCAUGGCAACUGCAGCCUCAGCCUCUCCUCCCGCUCGGAGCGGCAAGCGCGCUGCCCGCCCGUUCCCCGAGCGCCCGAGCCGGCGAGCGAUGCCUCAGAGCGGAGCCCGCUACCGCGCUCCGCCUGUCCCCUGCAGCAGCGCCCUCGCCACCGCUUCUCCCGGCCCGAGCAGCGGCGGCGGCGGCGGCGAAGGAGGAGGAGGAGGAGGAGGAGGUGGCCGAAGCCGCGGCAGUGGCUCUCGCUCCGUCUCGAUCAGCCCCGCCGCCGGCAGCCGCCGCGCCUCGCUCGGCGCUGCCUGCUCCGGAGACCCCCGGGCUUCUCGAGGCAAAGUUUAUUCUCCUGCUGGUCGCGGCCGCCUCCCGGUCUGGACUUCGGCGCGCGCGCGCGCGAGGGAGAUUUAAUUUAAUUGGGGGAGGGGGCGGAUAAUUCUGGUGAGGGGGCUGCGCCGCGCCUCCUCCUCCGCCUCGGCUUUUCCUCUGCCCUCCCCCUCCUGCUGCUGCCGCCGCGGCUGCUGAAGAAGGAGAAAAAGCAGAAGAGGAUCGCUUUGGGGAGGGGGUCGCUCGCUGAGGGCUUCCUCGCCUCUCUGCCAGCGGCGCCCGGCAGAUCCGGCGAGGAAACUCUCGGAUCCCCUUCGGAUCGACGCAUCUCCGCGCACGGGAGAGGCAGCCCCGCGCCCCGGAACCGGACGGUCGCCGAUCCACCUGUCCUGAGGAUUUAAAACAGCGACGUACAUUUUCGCCCUCCUGUUCCCCGACUUGGAUUGCUUACCGACAACCGGGAAGGAUUUGAAUCCUCCGCUUGAUCGCUAUUGAAAAAGAGGGAGCCUGUUUUUUAAAGUAUUUUUUUUUCCCCAGUCCCCUCCUUCUAUCCUCCCCUCCGGUGGCCCGUUCGUUUCCCCUCCCGACCCCUCCUCGUACCGGGGGGUGGGGAAGAAACAGAAGCCACGGGGAGAAAAGGGACAAUGAGGAUUUCGUGGCUAACUUUCGCCUUCCUUUGGGGGAGCUUCUGCACACGACCUGGCCAUGGAGAGGCAGAGACAAGGGAAUGCGUUUAUUACAAUGCCAACUGGGAACUAGAGAAGACUAACCAGAGUGGAGUGGAGCGUUGUGAAGGCGAGAAAGACAAGCGCCUCCAUUGCUAUGCGUCCUGGAGAAAUAACUCUGGUUCCAUCGAACUAGUGAAGAAAGGAUGCUGGCUUGAUGACUUCAAUUGUUAUGACAGGCAGGAAUGUGUGGCCACAGAAGAGAGUCCACAAGUAUUUUUCUGCUGCUGUGAGGGGAAUUACUGCAAUGAAAAGUUCACUCACUUACCUGAAGUUACUGGCCCAGAAGUGGUAUAUGAGCCACCACCUCCAACUCCCUCCCUACUCAACAUUCUGGUUUAUUCCUUGCUUCCCAUCAUUGCCCUCUCCAUUGCCAUCUUGCUGGCUUUCUGGAUGUAUCGUCACCGCAAGCCACCAUAUGGACAUGUUGAUAUCAGCGAGGACCCAGGACCUCCGCCUCCUUCUCCAUUGGUUGGACUUAAGCCAUUGCAGUUGUUAGAGAUCAAGGCCAGGGGUCGUUUUGGCUGUGUCUGGAAAGCACAGCUGAUGAAUGACUAUGUGGCAGUGAAAAUCUUCCCCAUACAGGACAAACAAUCGUGGCAAAGUGAGAGGGAGAUUUUUAGCACCCCAGGAAUGAAGCAUGAAAACCUUUUGCAGUUUAUUGCAGCAGAGAAGCGAGGAACAAACCUGGAGACAGAAUUGUGGCUGAUCACAGCUUUCCAUGAUAAGGGCUCUUUGACUGACUAUCUGAAGGGCAACAUUAUCAGUUGGAAUGAACUCUGCCACGUGGCAGAAACCAUGGCGCAUGGACUCUCAUACCUGCAUGAAGAUGUCCCUUGGUGUAAAGGGGAAGGACACAAACCUGCUAUAGCACACAGAGAUUUCAAGAGCAAAAAUGUAUUGUUGAAGAGUGACCUAACAGCCGUGCUUGCUGACUUCGGACUGGCUGUGCGAUUUGAACCUGGGAAGCCUCCAGGAGAUACCCAUGGACAGGUGGGAACAAGAAGAUACAUGGCUCCUGAGGUGUUAGAGGGAGCAAUUAACUUCCAGAGAGACGCCUUCCUAAGAAUAGACAUGUAUGCAAUGGGGCUGGUAUUGUGGGAGCUGGUCUCCAGGUGUAGAGCAGCUGAUGGUCCACUGGAUGAGUACCUGUUGCCUUUUGAAGAAGAAAUAGGCCAGCAUCCAUCUCUUGAAGACCUACAAGAGGUGGUAGUUCAUAAGAAGAUGCGCCCUGCAUUCAAGGAUCACUGGCUUAAACAUCCUGGCUUAGCACAGUUCUGUGUCACAAUUGAAGAAUGCUGGGACCACGAUGCAGAGGCACGGCUAUCGGCGGGCUGCGUGGAAGAACGUAUUUCCCAGAUACGCAAAUCAGUCAAUGGCACUACCUUAGACUGCCUUGUUUCCAUCGUGACCUCUGUCACCAAUGUGGACUUGCUGCCCAAAGAGUCAAGUAUCUAAACCCUUGUUUGCCUUUUUUUUUUUUUUUUUGGUCUUUCCAGACUCAGUGGAUUUUUUUUAAAAAAAGAAGUGAAAUCACAAAUUCAACACACACACACACACACAAGCAUACAUAUACAUGAAUGCGGCUGCUAUUUUUAAUCUUGACUUUUAUUGUUAUUGUUAUUAUUAUUUGUUAUUAUUAUUAUUAUUAUUUUGAUUGGAUCAAUUUUACCAGCAUGUUGCUCUACUGUAUUAAAAAGAAAAAAAAAAGAGAAAGGACAUCUCUCUGCAAGCAUUCGGGUGCCGACUAAUGAAUGCCGUCACAGUGCAGGUACCUCAAAACCUCAAUGAACUCGCUUUGUUUCUUUUUGAACCUAUUUUCUCGAUUUUUCUCUUUUACCAAUCUUCAUUUUUACACCAAGCAUCAGUGAUAACAAGAAAACAACCUACUCAUCUUCUAGACAUGCUGCAAAGUCAAGACUGUUACAUGAGAUCACACUUCAAAAAAAUGGACUUUCCCCCCAACUUUUCCUUUUCUUUCUUUUCUAUUUUAGACAGUGAGCUUAAAAAAAGAAAAA